AUGUCUGAGACUGCUCCCGCAGCUCCGGCAGAUCCUGGUGUAGCUUCUAUGGAGAAACCUCCAGCAAAGAAGCGAGGGAAGAAGCCGAGUGGCCUGGCCAGUGCAAGUCACAAGACCCCGAGUCCUUCGUUGUCCAAGUUGAUUACUGAGGCGCUCUCGGCGUCUCAGGAGCGAGGGGGCAUGUCCUUGGCAGCGCUCAAGAAGUCCUUGGCGGCGGCUGGCUACAAUGUGGAGAAGAACAACAGCCGCAUCAAGAUUGGCCUCAAGGGCCUGGUGAGCAAGGGCACUCUGGUGCAGACCAGGGGAACCGGUGCUUCCGGGUCCUUCAAGCUGAGCAAGAAGGUUACUCCAGAGCCCCCCAAGGGCAAGGUCAAGAAGCCCGCUUCUGCCAAAGCUAAGAAGGUGGUCUUGGACUCCAAGUCUCCAAAAGGUACCAAGACCAGCAAGAAGGCCAAGAAGCCCAAUGCAACAGCAGUCAAGAAACCUGGCAGAAAAGCCAAGGCGGCCAAGGUUAAGUCGCAGCAGAAGAGCCCUGGGAAGGCAAGGGCUGGCAAGCCAAAACCGGGGAAAGCCAAGAUGGCCCAGCAGAAGACUAAUCCCCGGAGAGCAGCCUCGAAGAAAUGA